AUGAACAGUCUGGCUACGCCACCGAUCCCUCCUCAUUUCCACGAACACACUCGUCUCUCUCCAGGUCGAUCAAUGUCAUCCACCGCCCCGUCGAGAAAACGAAAAGCCUCCCCUUCCCCAGACCGGGAUGAUGAAAUGACAACAUCCCCCUCUAUUCCAAAUGCUCGGCUUCCCCAACCUGUAACUCCUUCGACGAGAAAGCGAGUCCGGUCGAAUCUGGCAGGGAGGCCGUUGUCGGUGGAUAGACUUCUGGAGACCUUGGACAAAGACUCGUUGAAAACUGUGUUGAAAACUCUCUGUGACCGAAACCCUGGCUUGCGAGAAGAAAUUGUUCAAGUUAGCCCUCGACCCAGUAUCCAGAGCACACUGCAAGUUCUCCGACAAUACUACGACCGAUUGAUGCAAUCAUUCCCGCUUGGCCCCAAUCCACGAUCCGACUACGCAUACGAUCGAGUUCGUCCUCAGUGGCACGAUCUGCUUGAGGCUCUUACAGAUUUUACUCCACAUUUCCUGCCUCCAAAUGAGCAGCAGUCGUCAGUCUCACUAGAAUAUCUGCACGGAGUCACAAACAUCAUACAUGAUCUUCCAGAGUGGGAUAAUAUAUCGUACAAUCUUGCCAAGCAGAAUGCAUAUGAAGAAAUUUCAAGAGCGUGGGCUGCCGUUAUCAAGGAAGCCAGCAAAAGAGGAGGUGGAAUUCAACUACAGUACAAUGGCUGGGAGGUGAAGUUGAGGGCACACAACGACAAGAGUGGUGGCCGGCUACGAGAGGCCUACGAAGCUCUUGUCGAUGCUCUCGGCUGGCUUAAACCCACUCCUCAGCCAACACAACAACAAAGCAUUCGACAGCAGCUAUUUUCCAACACAUAUGGGGCCGAGCAGUCAGCUGUCAGGACCGGCAAUUGGUAA